AUGGCGCGCGCGUUACGGAGAGGUGGGCCAUCCGGAGUUGGCCCUCCAAGGGGAACAUCGGCCAUAUGGGGGCCGAGGAACGGUUUCGUGCAGCAACUUGCUGCAAGUACUGGCGAUUCUCAGUUUCAUGCCGAGGCGAGAAGAGCUGGUUCGGUGGGUGAAGAGCAAUUGGCCGCUCUCAACACGCACACUGCCCCCACGGAUGGGGGUUCAUGCCGCAGGUGUGUAUAG